AUGACCUUCGGGCGCAGCGGGGCGGCCUCGGUGGUGCUGAACGUGGGCGGCGCCCGGUACUCGCUGUCCCGGGAGCUGUUGAAGGACUUCCCGCUGCGCCGCGUGAGCCGGCUGCACGGCUGCCGCUCGGAGCGCGACGUGCUCGAGGUGUGCGACGACUACGACCGCGAGCGCAACGAGUACUUCUUCGACCGGCACUCGGAGGCCUUCGGCUUCAUCCUGCUCUACGUGCGCGGCCACGGCAAGCUGCGCUUCGCGCCGCGGAUGUGCGAGCUCUCCUUCUACAACGAGAUGAUCUACUGGGGCCUGGAGGGCGCGCACCUCGAGUACUGCUGCCAGCGCCGCCUCGACGACCGCAUGUCCGACACCUACACCUUCUACUCGGCCGAAGAGCCUGGCGCUCUGGGCCGCGACGAGGCGCGGCCGGGCGCGGCCGACUCGGCGCCGUCGCGGCGCUGGCUGGAGCGCAUGCGGCGGACCUUCGAGGAGCCCACGUCGUCGCUGGCCGCGCAGAUCCUGGCCAGCGUGUCGGUGGUGUUCGUGAUAGUGUCCAUGGUGGUGCUGUGCGCCAGCACGCUGCCCGACUGGCGCGCCGCGGCCGCCGACAACCGCAGCCUGGAUGACCGGAGCAGGUACUCCGCCGGCCCUGGGAGGGAGCCCUCCGGGGUAAUUGAAGCUAUCUGCAUAGGCUGGUUCACGGCGGAGUGCAUCGUGAGGUUCCUUGUCUCCAAAAACAAGUGUGAGUUUGUCAAGAGACCCCUGAACAUCAUUGAUUUGCUGGCGAUCACGCCGUAUUACAUCUCCGUGCUGAUGACAGUGUUCACAGGCGAGAACUCUCAACUCCAGAGGGCUGGUGUCACCCUGAGGGUGCUUAGAAUGAUGAGGAUUUUUUGGGUGAUUAAGCUUGCCCGUCACUUCAUUGGUCUUCAGACACUUGGUUUGACUCUCAAACGAUGUUACCGGGAGAUGGUUAUGUUACUUGUCUUCAUUUGUGUUGCCAUGGCAAUCUUUAGUGCACUUUCUCAGCUUCUUGAACAUGGUUUGGACCUGGAAACAUCCAACAAGGACUUCGCCAGCAUCCCUGCUGCCUGCUGGUGGGUGAUUAUCUCUAUGACUACAGUUGGCUAUGGAGAUAUGUAUCCUAUCACAGUGCCUGGAAGAAUCCUUGGAGGAGUUUGUGUUGUCAGUGGAAUUGUUCUAUUGGCAUUACCUAUCACUUUUAUCUACCAUAGCUUUGUGCAGUGUUAUCAUGAGCUCAAGUUUAGAUCAGCUAGAUAUAGUAGGAGCCUCUCUGCAGAGUUCCUGAAUUAA